AAAUUUUCUCCUGUCCCAAAAUCUGUGGAAGACUAGAAAGUUUCUUAUGAGCCACACUGCCUGAAAUUUGACCUUUCGCUACCAAUUCACUUGGGAAGACUCAAGAACCUCAAAUUUCUAAGAAAAAACGGCAGUAUUUAUUGCUCUCACAAGAUCUUUGUUUGUCAAAUAAACAAUGCUUAUAUUCACAUUGAAAUAGUGACAGAAACGUUGACAAAUGCCAGGUAAUAACUCCACAACUUCAGAAUUACCGAGCAAUUUCCAGGUAGUAAGUACCUCCUAAGAUUGUCAGAGCUUACUUGUCUUUCUUUUUCUCUCUAACUCUCCAUUCCUCUCUCCUUUCCCAUAUCUCCCUCUAUACAUACUUAAUCCUAUAGAUCAAACCCUAAACACAGCUGAAUAGUUCAAGAAACAUGGACAACUCCACAGAAUACAGUGGCUCCUCAGGUAUUAAUGGAUAUGCAUAUGCUAUCGGAAUGUCUUCAGGUGUCCUAUUUUUGAUCAUAAGCAUAACUCUGGCCGCAUAUUUCUGCACCUAUGGAGUAGAUUCUCCCACACACACAGGUACAAACCAAGGCGACUCCAUCACUGACCAUGACUCCAUUGUGAUGGAACUCGGUCUCGACGAAGCCACUCUUGCAAGCUACCCCAAGUUGCUCUAUUCAAAAGCGAGGUUAGAACCCAGGGGUAAUGAUUUACUACCCUCUUGCUGCUCUAUAUGCUUAGGGGACUAUAAGGAUAGUGACAUGCUAAGGUUGUUGCCUGAUUGUGGCCAUGUUUUUCAUCUCAAAUGUGUGGACUAUUGGUUAAGGCUGCAUCCUACAUGUCCGAUUUGCCGGAACUCUCCUAUGCCAACUCCUUUGUCGACUCCUCUUGCUGAAGUGGCACCAUUGGCAGUGAGCAGAUAUUGAUUCGAGAGAUUGCAUGUUAGUUUUUCCAAUUUCUUGUGGGGUCAAUCUGAGGUUUUCUAGUGUUUUUAGACAUAUUUUGUGCCGAUAUUAAAGUAGUGUAAUUCUCUACAGUAUAACAGAGAUUUUAACAUGCAUGAUGUUUCUGGC